UUACAUCUGCAAGACUAGAAAUGAAAUUGUGCCUGUAAAUGCAUUCUGUUCUAUCAGCACUUUUUCUGUUUGUGAUGAACUGGGCCCCCUCUUUCCUCUCCCUUAGUCUAUUUAAAUAGUAAUGAAGAGAGGCUGGGACUAAAUCCUUUGUGGUACCAGUUGGUCAGCAAAUGAGGAGUGUAAGGCUGUUUAUUCCACCAGAGAAUUUACAGAUUAAAUGCUCAAGAACACUAAGCUUGAUAUGCCUGGGGACAAAUUUAAAUAUGAAGGUAAAUUCAGAGUAUUAACAUCCAGCUGGAAACCCCUAAAUAUUAAUGCACUUUUAACUCUGUCACUCUCUGGUAUUUCACACCUGAUUUAAGCUUGCCUAGGGGAGAAGAAUUCCACCUGCAGCCUGCUGUAACCCAGUGUGUUUUCACUGGGAAUUUUACUUGGAUUUUACCUGGAGUGCUUAAAAUGCAGACUUCCAGCAAUGGCAAACAGUGCUCUUUGCAAGGAAAAGGGAGAAAACUGCUUCCUGAAUUCUCUAAGAAAUCUUAAUCCCUUGUCAUUUGGGGAGCAAAACGCAUGUGGUAAUGGCAUGCCUUGCAAAAAAGCCAACCCAGCAGCUAAUUGGCAUUUAGGUAAUGAGAAGUUAAUUACUGUAGUUAUUGUUGUAACUAACACAGUUCCUUUAAAAAGAAUUUUUGUAGUACUUGAUGUUUUAGGGAUGAAGAUGUCCUUGGUAUACCAGAGCACAGAAUGCAGUGACUUUCUGCCAGGAGUUUCUCCUUUCCCCUGCGUGCCUCUCCCCUGGGCCUCGGGGUACAUGUGGCCCAUCAUCACCCAGGCUUUGGCAUGAGGGGUUUAAACUCACCUGUGACACUGGAUUUGCCAGUUGUGUGCAAACCCAGAUUGUGUGGGCUAGGCAAGGGCUAAAAAUGGGCAAGUGUAAGAGCAAUGUUCCUUUUGAGCCACCCAAGGCUUGGAAUUUAGGCCUGGUGUUGUUUCACAUGUCCCAGAAGCACCUCAGUUCUCAACCAUGUGCUCCUCCUGUCUCCUGGGAUAAUGCACCCUUCCAGCAGUGCUAAAAUCGAACUGAACUCCCCCAAGAGAGUGUUUGCAGUGGGAGCAGUGUGCUUUUCCAGCACUGUGUGGGCAGCAGGGCCCAGGGGGAUGGCAGACCAUCCAGCUGUGUCCUGUGAUUAAGCUGGUGUAAACCAAGCAGAAUUUUAGUAGCUUCAACUCCAAGCUGAGCUCUCAAACUCUUCCAGGUGGUUUCAGGUGGCAUUUGACAGGUGCUGUAGUGAAAUUCUGAGUCAGUGGAACUUGGACUGCUGGUGAUGGGAGAGAAGGAAGUCAGUAUUAAUGCUUGUCUGUGAGAACAAGGGAGCAAGGCUUGCAAAGCUCACUGCAGCAGUCCUGCUGGCAAAAGAUGUGCUUGUGUACUUCUUCUCCACUUAUGUCCCUACCCCCUUUGUGCCCUACGCCGUGCAGCAGCUCGGAGCUGUGGCUGGGGUGAUGAUCACGGCCUCCCACAACCGCAAGGAGGACAAUGGCUACAAGGUUUAUUGGGAAAAUGGAGCACAGAUAACCUCUCCUCAUGAUAAGGAAAUUAUAAAAUGUAUAGAAGAGUGUGUUGAACCAUGGAAUGGCUCUUGGAAUGAAAAUCUGGUAGACACCAGUCCCCUCAGACAGGAUCCUCUGAAAAAAAUCUGUGACAGCUACAUGGAGGAUCUGACAAAGAUCUGCUAUCACAGGGAGCUAAAUGUGCAGAGCAGUUUGAAGUUUGUUCACACCUCUUUCCAUGGAGUUGGACAUGACUAUGUGCAGUUGGCUUUCAAAGCCUUCGGAUUUCAGCCCCCCAUUCCGGUACCGGAGCAAAAAGAUCCAGACCCAGACUUCUCUACUGUCAAAUGCCCAAAUCCUGAAGAAGGAGAAUCUGUGCUGGAGUUGUCACUGAGACUUGCAGAGAAAGAAAAUGCAAAAGUAGUAGUGGCCACUGAUCCAGAUGCAGACAGACUGGCAGUGGCAGAACAGCAGGACAAUGGCUGCUGGAAGGUGUUCACGGGCAAUGAGCUGGCGGCCUUGUUCGGCUGGUGGAUGUUUUCCCGCUGGAAGAACUGCUCCCAGGAUGCUGAUGUGAGCAAUGUUUACAUGUUGGCAACAACGGUCUCCUCCAAGAUUCUGAGGGCAAUUGCACUUCAAGAGGGGUUUCACUUUGAGGAAACACUCCCUGGUUUUAAAUGGAUUGGAAGCAGAGUAAAAAAUCUCCUAGAUAAUGGAAAAGAAGUUCUCUUUGCAUUUGAGGAGUCUAUUGGCUUCAUGUGUGGCACGUCAGUGCUGGAUAAGGAUGGAGUGAGUGCAGCUGUGGUCAUUGCUGAAAUGGCAACUUACCUGCAGGGCCAGAGCCUGAGCCUGGCACAGAAACUCGUUGACAUUUAUGAAACGUAUGGGUACCACAUAUCCAAGACCUCCUAUUUCCUGUGCUAUGACCCUCCCACAAUCAAAAGGAUAUUUGAGCGGCUCCGGAACUUCGAUGGCCCUCAGUCUUACCCCAGCUGCUGUGGGAUUUACAACAUCUUACAUGUCCGAGACAUCACCACUGGCUAUGACAGCAGCCAGCUGAACAAGAAGUCGGUGCUGCCAGUGAGCAAGAGCAGCCAGAUGAUCACGUUCACCUUCCAGAACGGCUGCGUGGCCACGCUGCGCACGAGCGGCACUGAGCCCAAGAUCAAGUACUACGCCGAGAUGUGCGCGCUGCUCGGGCGCAGUGACAGAAGUGUGCUGGAAGAAGAGCUCCAGAAGCUGAUUGAGGCUUUGAUUGAGAAUUUCCUGGAGCCUGACAAGAACGCGCUGACCUGGCGCUCUGCGUAGAGCCCGGUGCUCAGGGAGGCACCGCGUGGAACAAAGGACCCAGGAGCAGAACCAGUCUCAUGUUUGUGUGUGUGUGUGUUUUUGAAACAGCUGCAUUCUUGUUCUGUCAAGAAGAAGCAUUCUUUUGUCAGGAUUUUCACCAAAUUGGGAUAAGGAGAGGCAGUCAGAGGAAAGGGUGGAAUUUGUUAUGGUUGUCAGUCCUUUUGACCAAAAGUUUAAUUAACCCAUGCCAAUGCAAGUGAACUGCCCUAGUACCUUUGAGGCAGAUGAGCUUAGCUGCCACAUCGUGUCUUACACUCAGUUCAGGUACCUAAAACACCUCUUUUUUUUGUGUGUGAAAAGGUUUUAAAGGAGUGAUCACUCCAAACUGACAACAAAGGCUGCUUCUUCCCUGCAGCUCUGAGACCUUCCCUACAGGUCUGCACUUCCAGAAGCAUCGAAGCAGAGCUCAGCAUUUCUUGUUUAGGCAAAUUGUUGACAUUUUUCAGCUACUUAAGAAUUCUUCUGUUGGUAAAGGUGUUCUUGGUGCAUUGUAGCUUUUCUGUGUGUGUCUUAAGAUAAUUGGCAGUGAAAUAAUAGUGAUAACAGCUGCAGCUUGGGGUUGGAAUUGCCUGGUGCCUUUCCAAGGCUUCCAAAGGAGCAGGAACUUGGUCAUUCCUUGGUAAAAUUGCCCCUUCUGACUACCAUAGGCUCUGUAGCUACUUCUUGUCCUACAGCUCUGAAGGCUCUUAAGCUUUCUUGGUUUUCUGUAUGCAGUUACUUUGAGUGACAUUGCCAGUCAGUGACUUCUUGGGUUUUGCUGGCCUGAAUUUAUAUUGUCUGUGUAUUAAAAAAAAACUAAGGAAGAAAGUGGAGAUGAGAGGCUGACACAGUUAUUAAAUUGUGAUUUUUUUUUUUUUUAUUUUUUUUUUUUUGGUCCUGUCAGGUAAUUUCUGUUAGAAUAGCACUUUGCAAACACUAUUCUUCUUUAUCUUUAAGGACAAAUUUUUAACAGCUUCUCUCAUUUGUUUUCUCCCUUUGCUCAAGUAGCAACUGCUAAUCACAUUUUCCAAAAAAAACCACCCAAACAAAGCAAUACCCAAGUUCUCCUUGUGGUUAUCCAAUGGUUUUGGGAAAUAAAGGCUGUGUUAUGGCACAGGAGAGCUUGUUCUGGCCAGCUCCCUCCUGUCACUGACAGCAAGUAAAAAGAAGUAGCAGCAAUUCAGUGCUGGGUUUGAUCUGUGUUGGAGAUGACGGGAGAAGACCCCAAGGUGCCCUGGAGUUCAAGCUGUUGUUUUACCACUGCUGUUGCCUCUCCAAAUUCCCUCUGGUUAUGCCCUCGCAGCUGGAUGCUGUAGGAUGGCACAGGGUAGGCUUGUGUGUGUUGCCUCUCCAUGGCUUUGGAGAGCCCUGAGGUCUGGGUGUUUCCUGCUGCCAGCAGCUUUGCACUAUAUCCAUGGAGAAGUAUUUCAGUGUCUGAAUGUACAUGUAGAGAAGGUCUAUGUUGCACAAAUUCUGACCUGUCACUGCUAUUUAUUUAUUUUUUUAUUUUAAGAGAAGCUAUCUCCAAAUUGUUCUGCCAUUGAGUGAAAUGUAUCUAAUGCCAAAAGCUGUUCCUUUUUUUUUUUUCUUUUUUACUUUGACUGUACAUUUGACUGACAUGGUGGGGAAAACAGGUAAAAUCAGUUACACUCAAAGGAUGCUUUUGUUGCUGUCCAUGCUGGGUAGGGCUGGGAAGGCAUUUCUGACUGCUGCUUUGCCUUGCUUUCCCAAAAAGGGUGCAAAUCUGGAUCCCCACUGCACUGAACUUGAAGGAGCUCUUGCCAUUCCUUCCACUGGCAGCAAUUGAACCCGGAGGCAUUGAGGAUUUUGUUCUCCACGUAGUGGAGAGGAGAACAAGUGACUUGGCCAUAGUUGUGAACAAACGCUGUAAAAAGCAUAAUGUGUGUGAUGAGACCAGGUGUGUUACUGUAGCAGUCAUGUCUUGUGAGUGAUGGUUGUGCUCCUGCAGAGAGCAGGAAUCUGCAGCUUCCUAGAGAUCUGCUUUGUGUCAGUAGGCAAGUGCUAGAAAUGGAGAAGAUGUUUUCAAAUAAGCAUUGUUAGGAGCUGGUAACUGUUCAUAGUCCAAAUAUCUUUAAUUGAAGAAGAAAACCCAGCUGUGGGGUGUUGUGUAUCUGGGAUUUCCCCCAUGGGUAGGUUUGACAGCGAGCUGUAGCUGUAGUGAUGCUUUUGAGAUGACAGCAGCAGGCACAAUGUGUUGAAUGUAACUUUCAGGGUAUGAUAACUAUUUGCUUUUUUGAAACUGCUGCUACUGUUGUUUUCCUACUGUAUUGGAGCUGGUUGAUAUAUUUAUACUGUUCCAUUUGUGGAACUCCUUUAUCUCCUCCCUCUGAUCUCGCAUCCCUUACUUCUGUUACUGUGAAGGACUGGAAUUGUCGUUUCCUUGCCCUGUAACUUUGUUAUGCAUCGUGUUACAGUUUACUUGGUUUGUGCACAACCUUCCUUGAGUUGUCAGCUGUCCUUUCACACUUCUCAGAUAAGAACAAAAGCUUUUCUGACUUGAGUAGAAAGCAGGUCACAGAUCAAAGGAUGCUGUGGGUGUUGUUUCUGAGGUGCUUCCAGGUGGAACACACCUUUUCAAAGGUUGGACAGUGGCUAAAACUGCAGUCAUACAGCUAGUGAGUUGGGUUUAGUGUUUGAUAAAAUCCAGAGGGCUUGGGUGUGUCCUUUUGCUAUGACCCAUUUAAUCUCUGAUGAAGUCGUGUUUCCGUGGGCCUGGGACAGGAGCUUUCCAAGUUCAGGGCUUAGCCAGGCAAGGCUGAGUGUCUGUGAGGCAGAGCUUGUAGCUGGAUUUCUUAUUCUGGUUGUGAUAGAGCAGCCAGGGUGUGAAUUAAAUAGUUCCAAGUGCUGUCCACGUCUCUCCUCCUGCCCCUGUGAGGGUGUGUGAGGGAACAGUGAACUCUGGUGUGGCAGAGAGGGAGGGAUGUGUGCAACAGGGAGAGCUGGGCUGCAGCUGUGGCCCUGAGCUUUGUGUUGGGCUGCUGAGCCAGCUCCGCUUCCCUUGUGACUGCAAGGAGCUGGGGUUCCCUUGGGCUGCGGCAGCCCUGGGGCCGGACCUGAGGAGCUCUGCUCAUUUCCCUCAUUUCAAACACACAGGCCUUCCUUCUGAGGGGAGCACACACUCGUGCUGCCCAGGGGUAGAUGAAGAGGGCAGACCCUGUGUGGUGGCUCAGCUGUCCAGGUGAGUUGCCCGGUGCUGCCUGGGGCUCCCUUCCCUGCCUUGCCUGCUCCCAGGCUCUGGGGGUUGGUUACCUGCGUGUUGGCAUCCCUGGAGUUACUCCCUGCUUCAGCCCUGCUCGGGUAGUGCUGCGUGUGCCCUCUCUGCCGGGCUCCUGAUCUUACCAGGGGUUCCAGCUCCCAUUUCCUCACAGGAGUGUUUGUGUGACACUACGGUAGAAGCCAGGAGAGGAGCGAUGAGUUCUGGCCCCUGGGCAGGGUGGGAUGUGUAUCCUGCCCUAGGAAGCACCUGGAUGGUCUCUAAUUUUAAAACUGAUACUCUUUAUCACUUUGUUUUGUCUUCCCUCCCCCUUUUUGUCCUCUUCUCUCCCCAGCUAAGAGAGAGGGGGCUCCUUGCAUGGUGACAUCUGGUUGGUUGCAGUCCAGCUUGAUUCCCUUUGCUUUGUACAAGGUGAUUGAAGUAUCUCAAGUUGCAUCGUUCUCCUUGCCUGGAAUCUUGGGGAGUUCUGGAUCUGUACUCCUGUUUACCCGAUGUCUGUUCUGUAAAACUAGGGCAUAUUACAAGUACAGAGUGAGAAUUUGCACUUUUCUGAAGAGUUUCUGUGUACUGCUAUGUGGAUUUAGCUGAAUGAAGUGUUAUAAGUAAUAAAAUAUUCCCUUCAUAGUCUCAA